AUGCCUGAGACAUUCUUGUCAUCACGUCUGCUGGGCGGCGGUGUGUCCCACACAGGACGCGGGCACCGCGGGUUCACCACACUGGGGCCGGCCGGCUCUGGCCUCUCGCAGUGUCGUCGGCUUCACGUGCAGAAGCAGCCCGGGCCGCCGCCGCCUCCCGCGGGCCGUGCCUCCCGUGGGCCGUGCCUCCACGAGGGCCGCCACAGGCGGGCAUGCCAGCUACGGGCCCUGCCCCCCGUCUGCCAGGCCGCCUCGGAAUAGCUGAAAGCUGCCUACCGCAGGCUGUGCAUGCUGUACCACCCCGACAAGCACAGAGACCCCGAGCUCAAGUCGCAGGCCGAGCGGCUGUUCAACCUCGUCCACCAGGCUUAUGAAGUGCUCAGCGACCCGCAGACCCGGGCCAUCUAUGACAUCUAUGGGAAGAGAGGCCUGGAGAUGGAAGGAUGGGAGGUUGUGGAAAGGAGGAGAACGCCCGCCGAAAUCAGAGAAGAAUUUGAGCGACUGCAGAGAGAGCGGGAAGAGAGGAGGCUGCAGCAGCGAACCAACCCCAAGGGGACCAUCAGCGUCGGCAUCGAUGCCACUGACCUCUUCGAUCGCUAUGAGGAGGAGUACGAAGAUGUGUCCGGCAGUGGCUUUCCGCAGAUUGAAAUUAACAAGAUGCACAUAUCCCAGUCCAUCGAGGCGCCCUUGACAGCAACGGACACAGCCAUCCUCUCCGGAAGCCUCUCGACCCAGAAUGGGAACGGAGGGGGUUCCAUUAACUUCGCGCUCAGACGGGUCACCUCUGCGAAGGGAUGGGGAGAGUUAGAAUUUGGAGCUGGGGAUCUGCAGGGGCCUCUCUUUGGUCUAAAGCUGUUCCGUAACCUCACGCCCAGAUGCUUUGUGACGACCAACUGUGCGCUGCAGUUUUCGUCCCGGGGGAUCCGGCCUGGCCUCACCACUGUCCUGGCUCGGAACCUGGACAAGAACACCGUGGGCUACCUGCAGUGGCGGUGGGGCAUCCAGUCGGCCAUGAACACGAGCAUCGUCCGGGACACCAAAACCAGCCACCUGACCGUGGCCCUGCAGGUCCGGUUGGCGCACUCCUUUGCCCUGAUUAGCUAUCAGCACAAAUUCCAGGACGAUGAUCAGACUCGCGUGAAAGGCUCCGUGAAGGCAGGCUUCUUCGGGACGGUGGUGGAGUACGGGGCCGAGAGGAAGAUCUCCAGGCACAGCGUGCUGGGGGCCACUGUCAGCAUCGGCGUCCCACAGGGCGUGUCUCUCAAAGUCAAGUUAAAUAGGGCCAGUCAGACUUACUUCUUCCCUAUUCAUUUGACGGAUCAGCUUCUUCCCAGCGCCGUGUUCUACGCCACCGUGGGGCCCCUCGUGGUCUACUUCGCUAUGCACCGUCUCAUCAUCAAGCCAUACCUCAGGGCUCAGAAGGAGAGGGAAUUGGAAAAGCAGAGGGAAAACACAGCUACCGACAUCCUGCAGAAGAAGCAAGAGGCAGAGGCUGCGGUUCGGUUGAUGCAGGAAUCUGUCCGAAGAAUAAUCGAGGCAGAAGAAUCCAGAAUGGGCCUCAUCAUCGUCAACGCCUGGUACGGGAAGUUCGUCAACGACAAGAGCAGGAAGAGUGAGAAGGUGAAGGUGAUCGACGUGACGGUGCCCCUGCAGUGCCUGGUGAAGGACUCGAAGCUCAUCCUCACAGAGGCCUCCAAGGCUGGGCUGCCCGGGUUCUACGACCCGUGUGUGGGCGAGGAGAAGAGCCUGAAAGUGCUCUACCAGUUCCGGGGCGUCCUGCACCAGGUGAUGGCGCUGGACAGCGAGGCACUCAGGAUACCCAAGCAGUCUCACAGGAUCGAUACAGAUGGAUAAAGUGCUUGAGAAAAAGAAUUACAGGAGGCUGCGAAGAUCUUUUCCUGGGCGUCUACAAAUUUGGAAGCAGGGAAACCUAGACGUCACAAGUUUAUUUUAUAUUAUUCCUAAGGAGGUGGUACCCUAUCAAUUAUGUGAAGGGACACAGACACCCGGUUUUGUGGGUGCUGCAGGCAGACUGAGGCAGCCCUGCCAGGACCAGAGCCUCAGCACAGCCGUGUCUGUUUCCCAAGGAUCAUGUCCCCGAGGGAAGGGCCCUGGGCCCCGGGCGCCACCCCCUCGUUCUUGUGAGGAGUCGCCGUGGAACAUCUGCCCUCACACCGGACCGGGACUGCCUUUCCUGCCACCACCCUGACCUGGAAAGGAAGGAGAGAACAGCCUGCAGCCAAGCGAGCAUCUGGGUGGUGGACUUGCGGAAACCGCCUUUUC